AUGAGUGCCACUAUGACAAUGACUACACCGGAGAUCACCGCCGAAAAUGUGGCUACCCUGUUCCCCGAAGUUGACACCUCGCUGGCUCGGGAUGUCCUACCCACCGCGAAUGGCAACAACGCACGCGAAGGCACUGAGUUAGAGGGAUAUGAUGAGGAGCAGAUCCGCUUGAUGGAUGAGGUGUGCAUUGUAUUGGAUAACAAUGACCGACCUAUCGGCAGCGCCAGCAAGAAGAUCUGCCACUUGAUGACCAACAUCGACAAGGGACUCCUUCACCGCGCCUUCUCCGUUUUCCUAUUUGACUCCAAAAACCGCCUCCUGCUCCAACAGCGCGCCACCGAGAAGAUCACCUUCCCGGAUAUGUGGACUAACACCUGCUGUUCCCACCCUCUUGGAAUUCCCGGCGAGACUGGUGCGGAGCUUGAUGCCGCAGUGAUGGGAGUGAAGCGCGCUGCCCAGCGCAAGCUCGGCCACGAGUUGGGUAUCAAGGCCGAACAGGUGCCAUUGGAAAAAUUCGAGUACUUCACCCGAAUUCACUACAAAGCCCCCAGCGAUGGAAAAUGGGGAGAGCAUGAAGUCGACUAUAUUCUCUUUAUCCAGGCGGACGUUGACCUAGAGCCAAGUCCGAAUGAAGUGCGGGACACUCGCUACGUCUCAGCUGAUGAAUUGAAGGAUAUGUUCAAGCAGACUGACCUGACUUUCACUCCCUGGUUCAAGUUGAUUUGCAACUCGAUGUUGUUUGAGUGGUGGAGCCACCUGGGUACCCCGGCCCUGGAGAAGUACAAGGGCGAGAAGGAGAUUCGCCGGAUGUGA